UAUAGAAGUAGUCCCUAUCAAACCUUGAAUUUUAAGACACGAAGGUAACGUUAACGGUAAAAUCAAUGAGUUCUGCGGACACCAGACGUAACGUUAAGGCAGGACACAGAAAUGGAGGGGGAAUGGAGAAAGGAUUCGUCCAGAAGGUCCAUUCUCCUCACCCGUGCCUAAAUGAUUCAUCGGAGGGAGAUAUUCAGGCCUUCCUCAUUGAUGAAGACCAACUCCACACUUAUGACGACCUCACCAAAGUUAACCCAGUGACCCCAACAACAGUGCUGAAAUGCCUGCAGGCCAGGUACCGUGUGAAGGUGUUUUACACCCAUGCUGGCUGCACCUUGGUGGCUCUUAACCCCUUCCAGCCAUUCCCAGACCUCUACUCUCUGGAUGUGAUGAAGGAGUAUCACUGCGCUCCUCAGCCCCAGGAGUUCAAACCACACAUCUUUAUUGUGGCAGAAGAAGCCUACAGGAAUGUUCAGGGCCAGCUGGAGCCAGUGAACCAAUCGUUGGUGGUCAGCGGUGAGAGCGGUGCAGGAAAGACGUGGACGUCUCGUUGCCUGAUGAAAUACUACGCUACUGUGGCGGCCUCCUCCUCAGUGUUGAAGAGUCAGGACACAGUGGAGAGGAUAGAGAGGAGGGUGCUGGACUCCAACCCCAUCAUGGAAGCUUUCGGCAAUGCCUGUACGCUGCGGAACAACAACAGCAGUCGCUUUGGAAAGUACAUCCAGCUCCAGCUAGACAGAUGUCAGCUGUUAGUGGGGGCGUCUGUGCAAACAUAUUUGCUCGAGAAGACCAGGGUGGCUUGCCAACUGGCUAAUGAGAGGAACUUCCACAUAUUUUACCAGAUGAUGAAAGGGGCCACGGAUGAGCAGAGUAAGGAGUGGAAGAUGCCACGUGGCCAACACUUUGUGUGGCUGCCAAAUUCAGAAAAAACAGUGGAGGAGGAUUGCUUUCAUGAGACUGUCACGGCAAUGGUUCAUCUGGGCAUUAAUGCAGAAAGUCAGAGACAAAUAUUUAAGAUAUUAGCAGGGAUUCUGCAGUUGGGGAAUUUGAAUUUCUCCUCUUCAACGGAUGAAUCACAACCUUGUAACCUAGAUGAACAGUCCAAAGACUUCCUGCAGAGGGCCGCGGAGCUGCUGUGUGUCCCUGCUGAGGAGCUUCAGAUGUGUUUAAGAGUGAGGACGUUGAAGGCGGGGAAGCAGAGCGUUUUCAAGCCCUGUUCCCAGGCAGAGUGCAGCAUGAGGAGAGACUGCCUGGCCAAGGCCAUCUACGCCCAAUUAUUUGAGUGGCUGGUUACAUUCAUCAACAACAGCAUAUGUGCAGGCCCAUCCACAUGGUGCAACUUCAUAGGAGUUCUAGAUGUGUACGGGUUCGAGUGUUUCCAGAUCAACAACCUGGAACAGCUGUGCAUCAACUACGCCAAUGAGAAACUGCAGCAGCACUUUGUGGCUCAUUAUCUCCGAGCUCAGCAGGAGGAAUAUGUGUCAGAGGGGUUGAAGUGGUCCUUUGUCAAAUACCAAGACAACCAGAGCUGUCUGGAUCUUCUAGAGGGAAGCCCUGUCAGUGUGUUUUCUCUACUUAAUGAGGAGAGUCGUCUUAAUCGAGCCUCGGACCCAAAGACGUUCAGGGUUCGUUUGGAGAAGGAGCUCGGUGAUAAUGCCAACAUCAGCUGGGACAAGUUCAGCAAGGAGCCACACUUCACCGUGGCCCAUUACGCUGGCAAAGUCAACUACCAGAUGGAGGGGAUGGUGGAGAAAAACAAGGACCCAGUGCCACCAGAGCUUAUUAACCUGCUGCAGAAGUCUGACAACCCCCUGCUUCACCAGAUCUUCACCGACAACGAAACUGAGAAUCCAACUACCAAGGGGCUCAGUAAAGUCACUGUGGUCUCCAAGUUCAAGAACUCUCUGGAGAGCCUGAUGAGGAUCCUCCACAGCACAACUCCUCACUACACUCGCUGCAUCAAACCCAACCCAGAGUGCAAUCCACUGAGCUUCAAAAAGGAGGAGGUUAUCAUGCAGCUGGAGGCCUGCGGGAUUGUGGAGACUAUUCAUAUCAGUGCUGCUGGCUUUCCCAUAAGAAUUCCUUUCCAAGGCUUCAUGCAACGCUACGGACUGAUAGCAAAAUAUUCACAUUUCAAGUCGGGGAGUCAUUGUGUUGAUGUGGAGGCUGAUGGCAACGACAGUCUUCGGCGAGAGGUGGAGAAGCUCCUCAGGGUCGUGUUACAGCACAAGGCGUUCGAGCCCUCGCGCAAACAUGACAGUGAAAAACCCAAUUCAUGGGUGCACUGCGGAAGGACUAAAGUUUUUCUUACCCAAUCGAUGCUAGAUUUGCUGGAGGAUCAGAGGAAGAAGAUCCUGUCUCAGUGUGCCUUCUCCAUUCAGUGCUGCUGGCAGCGGUACCAGCGCCGCAGACGUCACGCCCGCCAGCAGUCUGCUACUCUGAUCCAAGCAGCGCUGCGGUCCUGGCUGGUCAGGAGGCGGGUCCAGAGAUGGAACAGAGCAGCUGCAGUCAUCCAGAAUACCUGGAGGAAGUGGAGGGCACUAUUGAAAUCCUUGGCUGAGGCAGAACUGGAUGAUGCAAAGGACUUUGUGGGGGCGGACGAUGCGCCAGCAUUGGACCCUGUUAUCAGGGAGCGGGGCUUGGUGCAGCUCUCCUCCAUCCAGGAGCCUGUCCCAGUGCGAGGGUGGCCCAUGGGCCUGGCUCUGGCCUCGGCCCCGUCCAUCACCAUGUCUCUGACCGCCACAGGCUUCCAGAAGAUGAUGUCUGUGAUGGCCUCCCUCAGCCUGCCCUCCACCAGAGGGGGGUAUAAGGUGCAGCCCAACCAGUACUCCCAGGAACUAGCCACCAUACGGGCUCAACCCAAGAGGUCUGUAAAGCUGCACUAUCGGCGAUCUCCACUUCUCUAUGCUGACCGGCAACCAGACAUGAAGAGUGACGUCACGGGGUUCAACGCCAUCCUCCUAGAGAACACUUUGUAAGAGUUCCCCCCAAAAAGGCUGAUGUCAUGGACACAGAUUAAAGGACGAUCUGGCACCCAGCUGUUUUUGCAGGGAAGCAUCUGCUAUUCCAUAAUCUGACACAAAGGGAACAAACCUGGUAUUUUAUGAUGUCAUUUUGUUAAAUGUGUUUAAAGUUUUUAUUGACAACUCCAACUUUUUUUUAAUUAAGAAUGCCAAACUUUCAUUUUGCAUCUCAAUUUGUGUAUUACAAGGGUGUGAAACCUGCCACCUGGCAUAAUAAUAUUUGAACUCACCAGGAGGUCAGGUAAGAUAAUGCGCUGUGGCUGUGGCAUGAACCUGAUUUACUUAUCAUAAAUAAUUUUUAGUUGCAUUCAGGCUCUAGGGACUUAAAAAAAAACAAAAAAACAUCUCUAAUUCAAAAUCUCAGACAGUA